UGUUGUGAUGCAUGCAAAACUACCCAAAUUUGUUUGCUUCAUUAAUACUCUCAUAGCUUAAAAUAGCCCUUUGUAACCAGGUAGUUCACUGCCAUUUGCACAAAUUCAAGCUUGUCUUAGUUUUUUUGUCCCUGUGUCGAGCCCGGACGAGGUGGACUGGGAAUGCUUGCUCAUUCCAUCAUGGCGGACCUAGUGAACAGUCGAACGUGUGAAACUCCAGCCUGCAACAAGCCCGCUAAAUUACAGUGUCCCUCGUGUAUCAAGCUAUGUAUACCGGGCAGCUACUUUUGCUCUCAGGAGUGCUUCAAGGGAUAUUGGAAUGAACAUAAGAAACAACACAAGGCUGCGAAAACAUCUGGGCAAAACAAUUCUAUAAAUACAAACAGCUACACACCUUGGCCAGAUUACAUGUUCAGUGGAAAACUCAGGCCCUGGCCCCAGUCUUCAAAGAGAAAAAUUCCUGAUGGGAUCGAUAAACCAGAAUACUGGGAAACAGGUAUUCCAGAGUUUGAAAUGAAGUCCAAACAGAGCACACAGAUUCAAUGUCUUAGUGCCAAGGAAAUUGAGAAGAUGAGAGAAACUUGCAAGCUUGCAAGAGAGGUCUUGGACAUUGGUGCAAAGGCCGUUAAAGUUGGUGCGACUACUGAUGAGAUUGAUAGAGUUGUUCAUGAGGCUUGUAUUGAAAGAAAAUGCUACCCAUCACCACUGAACUACCAUGGCUUUCCUAAAUCAUGUUGCACGUCUAUAAACGAGGUUAUUUGUCAUGGAAUCCCUGACAAGCGACCACUGGAAGAUGGAGAUAUUGUCAACUUGGAUAUUACUGGUUUUUAUAACGGUUACCAUGGUGACCUGAAUGAGACGUUCUUUGUUGGCAAUGUAGCCGAUGAAUACAAGCAGCUUGUAAAAGUGACGUACGAGUGUCUAAUGCAGGCCAUUGAUAUAGUCAAACCUGGUGUCCGUUACCGAGAAGUGGGCAAUGUUAUACAGAAGCACGCCCAGGCGCAUGGGUACUCUGUGGUGAGAAGCUACUGCGGGCAUGGAAUCAACCAGUUAUUCCACACAGCCCCCAGUGUACCACACUAUGCAAAAAACAAAGCUAUUGGAGUAAUGAAACCUGGGCAUACCUUUACAAUUGAGCCCAUGAUAUCACAAGGAACAUGGAGGGACGAGACUUGGCCUGACCAAUGGACUGCUGUUACCCAGGACGGCAAGAGGUCAGCACAGUUUGAACAGACACUCCUUGUCACGGAGACUGGCUGUGAGAUCCUAACCAUUCGGCCAGAAGAAAACGGAGCUCCUCACUUCCUAGCCCAGAUGUGAUUCUUUUUGUGUCUGUGCAUAGUCUGUAGCUGAUCUAAAAUAGCAUACAAAGUGGACUUUACAGAUGAAGCUAUAGAAAAUGCUGUCAAGUCCUUCUUUCAAGGAAUUUUGGAGUCAAGAUUAUUUUCGUCCAUGUUUUGGAUCAGCUGUUGCCCACCAAUCUGUGGCAUUUUGGAUGUGUGCGGAACGUUGCCAAAACGGUCUAUUAGAGGGCUGCCCAUUUUUUAGUUCAGAUAUACCCCGCAAGGAGGCCUUAAUGGUACCCCAAAACAGUGUUAAGCCAAGGUCAAGGAAAGCAAAUGUCAGUGAGAUCAAUAAAUUUUCAAGUUAGUGUAUCUUUACACGGGAACGACAAGGGUGAAUCCAAUAAGGGGAGGCGAAGGCAAGAAUCUUAAGGGGGGAUUCAUUUCUUUCUUGAUUUUCUUUUAUUUCUUCACAUUUUAAAGAAAAAUCUCUGAAUCUCUGGGAAGCAAUAGGGUUGGCCCUACAGGGCCACAUGGUGUAACAUUAAGAAGCCUGUCUUUUCCCUAGAGCAUAAAAAUUCACAAAUUGCAACUGACUUACUUGUUUGAUCAGGCUAAGCAAGGUUUACCAAAGUUUUGCUGGUAGGGUGGGUAGUUCAACUAAGGGUGACUUUGUAUUUAUAUAGUGCCAGAGGUUACAAUUGAAUUAGGAAAUUAGAUAACAACUUGAAGUACACAAACACCACCAUGGUGAAAGAUAUACGUAUAUAACAAUAUGGAACUUUUUGACAUUAUGUUGUCUGCUACACACCUUGCUUGGGGCUAAGAUAAUGGAUGACAUAAGUUUUGUUAUGGAAGACAAAACUGACACCUGUAUUUUGUUAGUGUUUGUAUCUUAUAGGAGGUACAUCAUCAGUCACAUAGGAAGCUUUACACUUUUAACAUCAUAUAGAAAGAUUAAUGGACUACUUAAGAUAUAUAGCAAAUGGUUUUCAUUAACCGGUGAACCAUGUGUAUAUCAAAGAGUAUUAGUUCAAAAAGUUACAACAAAGAAAUUAGUAUGUGUUAAUGAGGUCAAUGCAAACCACUCUAUAGCUGAAGUAAAACAAAUGAGAUGCUUUCACAAAAUAUUUUAUUUUCUCUUUUAUUUCAUUAAUCAAACAAUCUGUUCCUUAUCUUUCAUUGAUGUUCUAUUAUUGAGCCAAGCUUGUCUUCUGUAAGACAAAAAAAGAGUUUUAAAUUUUGCAUUAAACCCUAAAGGAAGCAUAUAACUGUUUGUCCGAUCAAUUGUCCAUCUUUUUGUCUUGUGUCUAUUUGAUGGAUUGACCUCUUGUCCAUUUGUCUGUCUGUCUGACCGUCUCAAAAGUUACAUAUCUUUUGUAACAAAAAGCCAGAAUAAACCAAGAAAAAUCCAA